AUGUUAAUAACUGUGUGUUAUAUUUACCUGUGGGUGCGCUGUCAGAAGUACUACACCGGCCUCAUUCGGACUGUGCUGUUUAAACUGCGGGGGAGCAGAAGCACUUUAGCUUUCUGUGCUCACACGCGGAGCAGUGCACACAGUCUCAUCACCACCGCCGCGGAUACAGUGUUCCUCCGCCUGGGAAACAAGGUCAUUUACAUCACCGAGCCUCAGGCGUGUGAUGAUCUGAGCAAGUGGACGUUGCUGUGCUCCUCUUUGGCUAGUGCUCCAAGACUAGAGAACGUUGCUUUUAUUAUCGAAGCUACAACAGCACAGAGAUCAGGCCAGAAUCUACAAACACCAAACAAGAAAGUUCUGAACUGGUCGGACUAUUGCCUCCCGUUGGCCUACAGCCCAGGACAACCAUACAGAGCGGUGGCCGAGGCCAGCUUGGACAACUUCAGCGCUCUGGGAGUGGCUUUCCUGGAAGACCGACUGCAUAUGGAAAAUGGCCUUUUCCCUGAGAAAAUAGUUUCGGUGUCGCUCAGGGAAUCAGCUUUAAAAGAACUUUUGGAAAAGCAGCAGUCUGGUAUAGGAACCGAGCUCGAGUCGCGUCCCGUCGGCUUUCCGGAAGACAUCGUUUUGUCCUCAGCGUCUUCAGAGAAGCAGGGGCAGGGCGCCGUGGAGGUUUCAGAAGAUCAGGAGGUACAUCGGGAGCACACGAUGAACCACCAGCACAUGGACGGGCAUCACCUGCACUUAUCCAGCUGCCAUGAGUGUCUGGAACUGGAGAACAGCACCAUCCAGUCGGUGAAAUACGCCUCGGUGGAGAACAUCCCCGACUUGCCUGAUGAUUUGACGAGCUCAGACGGAGAGGGAGAACUUGAUGACAGCUUCUCCGAGUGGAAGAAGUACGGCGGCGCGAAUAGCAAACCGCCAAACGUGCUGGUCUUUACAGGUGGCUGUGAGGAGCGUUACGAGGCCGUACGCUCACUCCUGGCUGAGUGCGUAGACACCGAUCGAUACGCCAUCUACCCCCUGCGCCCGAAGCAAGCCCUUGAAGAACCAUGGCUGGAAAACACACUGUUGCUGGUGCUAGUUACGGAGGAAGCGCUCUCACCCGAACUGCAGCUGCGCUUCCUGACCUACCUCGGCCAGGGCGGUAAAGUCCUGGGCCUCUCGUGCUCGCUGUGCCCGGCCGGGCUCACGCUGCGCUCCAGGGAGGAGCGGCGAGGCCAGAUCUGCAGCCUGAGCUUCACUAAAGCUGACAGGACGGAGGUGCAGCUGAGAGUUCUGGCCAGUGGGAGCACGUUUGUACGGGAACCACAGGACAGCAGUGUCGGAGAGGUGGAAUUAUGGGGGGAGCUGAGCGGCGAGUCUGAGGAGGAGAAGGACAUGGUCAUCGUGAGAGUGACUCACGGCGAGGACGGCGGAGAAGCCGUAUUGUGUCAGGUGCAUUUGGAGACAGCGCCAGACUCUGAACACGUGCGGGACAACGCAGGCUUCUCAGAGCUGAAGAUAAGUAAUGCUAAACGCUACGAGGUCUUAAUAGAGAUCCUUACCUCUCUGGGGCUUAGCUGUGAGCAGAACCAGGUGCCUCCGCCCAGCCCUGUGUACCUGCUGUCCACCGAGCCGAACCUGAAGGACGCGUUCGUGCGCUGGCUGCAGGAACACAUGGAUAGCAGAGGCGUGCUGCGUUCCUCCAGGACCAGUCUGAGAGUGGCGUGGGGUCGAGAGAAGCCGGGCGAGCUGGGCGAGGGAGAGAUAGCGCUGCACACCGAGGCCCCGCAGGUCCUCUCUGAGCACUUCAGCAUGGAGACGUACGGGCAACACCUGCGGAGCCAGCGGCUGGGGCACACGCUGCUGUACGCCGACGUCACCCCGACCACCAUGGACCUGCUGGAGGGGUUGAUGUUGCAGUUGCCGGAGGAUAUGGGGUUAAUUGCAGUGGCAGCACGGCAGACAAAGGGCAAAGGGCGUGGUGGGAACGCGUGGUUGAGUCCGUUGGGUUGCGCUAUGUUCACACUACACCUACAAGUGGAGGUGGGUUCGCGUCUCGGACAGAGAAUCCCCUUCCUACAGCAUCUGGCUGCUCUGGCCGUGGUGGAGGCUGUGCGCACGCUGCCUGGAUAUGAGGACAUUGACUUGAGGGUGAAGUGGCCCAAUGAUAUUUACUACAGUAAUCUGAUGAAGCUUGGCGGUGUGCUGGUCACUUCUACAGUAAUGGGGUCCACCUUUCACCUCCUUAUUGGUUGUGGAUUUAACGUGAGCAACAGUAACCCCACCGUCUGCAUUAAUGACCUGGUGGCUCAGCUGAACCGGGAGCGAGGGUGCACCCUGAACCCUCUGAACACGGCACAGCUCAUCGGGCGAGCGGUCACUCAGCUGGAGCGCCUCAUCACCCAGUUUCAGCUACAGGGUCCUGAAGCGGUGCUGCCCAUCUACUAUAAGAGAUGGAUACACGGAGGGACGAAGGUGAGGUUAUGGAGCGAGGACGGUCCUGAGGCUGAAGUGGUAGGACUGGAUGAUCACGGCUUCCUCCAGGUGAGCACUCAGGACCAGGGCCUGGUGACUGUUCAGCCUGAUGGGAACUCGUUCGAUAUGCUGAGGAACCUGGUCGUCACCAAGCACAACUAGACUCAUUCACGUAUACAGGUGAAGUCAAAAGUUUACAUACACCCUUAAAGGAACACGUAUGUCAUAUCAUAGCAUGUUUAUUAAUUGUGGGGUUAUAAGAACGUCUGCUGGGUUUAAAAUAUACAUACAGCAACCUGGAAUAUUACAUUUGGUAAAGCCGGAAGUUUAGUUAUGUCACGGCAUGGUCGCCAGAUUUUGUCCCAAAUUGUAACUUUCGUGGAGCAGUGGUCUCCUGCCAAGGUUGUAAAGAAACCCCAAACUGUUAUGAGGAGAAGCACUUUGUCUGGAUGAUCAGACUAAUUUCCAUGGACUAGUGGUCUCCUGCCAAGGUCAGAAACAAGACCCAAACUGUUAUGCAGAGAAACAAUUUGUCUUGAUGAUCGAAUUCAGAUCUACUCCAAAGACCUGUUCUUACUUCCAUGGAACAGUGGUCUCCUACCAAGGUCGGAAACAAACCCCAGACUGUUAUGCGGAGUAACAAUUUGUCUGGAUGAUCGGACUAAUUUCCAUGGAACAGUGGUCUCCUGCCAAGGAUUGAAAGAAACCCCAAACUGUUAUACAGAGAAACAAUUUGUCUGGAUAAUCAGAUUCUAACUUCCAUGGAACAGUGGUCUCCAACCAAGGGGAAAAAAAAGAAACCCCAACCUGUUAUGAAGAGAAACACUUUGUCUGGAUGAUGACUAAUUAUUAUGGAACAGUGGUUUCCUGCCAAGGUCCUCCUGCAAGAAACCCCAAACUAUUAUACAGAGAAACACUUUGUCUGGAUGAUCAGAUUCGGAUCUACUCCAAGAACCUGUUCUAACUUCCAUGGAACAGUGGUCUCCUGCCAAGGUCGAAAACAAACCUCAAACUGUUAUGAGGAGAAACACUUUGUCUGGAUGAUUAAACAAAUUUCCAUGAAGCAGUGGUCUCCUACCAAGGUUAUAAAGAAACCCCAAACUGUUAUGAGGAGCAACACUGUGUCUGGAUGAUGACUAAAUUACCAUGGAACAGUGGUCUCUUGCCAAGGUCAGAAACAAACCCCAAACUAUUAUACAGAGAAACACUUUGUCUGGACAAUCAGAUUCAGAUCUAAUUCAAGGACCUGCAAAAAGUGAGUCGGCCAGUAGUCAGAGGCUGCUGGGACGUGAGUAAACUGGCCACAGUCAACUUAGAGGUUGUGAGACAAAAAAAUCAGGAUCCAGAGGCUGUUGUGACAUACGUGUCCUUUACAGGUGUAUGUAAACAUGUAGACUUCACUGCUGCAUCGGGAUCGAAAGCCUACCAGCAGGUGCAGAAAUUCCUCAGGUUUUUAAUGUUUAGGUCAUCUAUAACAGGGUCAUGAUUGUACAUUUACUCUAUACGUAUAUAUUGUUCACUAUUGCUAGUACUUAAUACUGUUUUGUAUGUAUGGAUGUAUUUUUUCCAUUAAGAUCUACUCCUGCAUGCUGCAUGUUUGCUUUAUGAACUUGAGACACUAAUAAAAAUAUACCCAAGCGAUUGAUCUUGGCACACAGGGUAUGUGACGGGAAAAUCUAUUACUGCCACAAAAUAGGAAAACCAUUAUUACUUACACUCAGCUUACAAUCACUAAACUACGAUUAAACGUGCUGGAAUUGUAUGAUUGGAAUUGUAAAUGUGCUUGUAUCGAGUUUUCCUGUUCUGUCUUUUACAGGUAUUUUCAAAAUAUGAAUACAGUAAAAGUGCAGUGGUUUAGUUUAAUCCUGACAUUUUACUGUACGUGGGAUCUUCAAAAAGUUUCCGCACUUUUAUAUUCUGGUUGGAAGCAGUGAGGGUGGAGGAGGAGUAAUCGGUCGUGUCUGAGAGACGCUUAUAGUCCCGAUGUAGACGUUCAAAGAAGCUUUAAGGGGAAGAAGAUUUCCAUGUGAUGAUGAUGUGAAAGCAGCGCUGCAUCAGUGGCUACGCACUCAACCAAAAACAUGUUUUGCUGACGGCAUUAAAAACUCGGUACAACGCUGGAAAAAUGCAUCGGAAGGUGACUGUGUAGAAUUUCUUAAUAAAUAGAGUUGAAAAAGUGCGGAAACUUUUUGAAGAACUUUCGUAUUUGUUGUAAACCUAAUUGUGACGAGAGUUUUGAUAUUUCUUUGCUGUUUGUAACAUCGGACCAGCAUGAGAAGACGUCUCUAAUCCCAAUAGGGCUGUUAAGCUGUAGUUAUAUAUA